AUGGUAGGCCUGGAAAAGCUUUGGGUCGGCCUCAUAUACUAUCCCCCGCAACAAGGCUUCAGCUCGUUGCUCUUCUGCCGGUACCUCGGCAAGAGAACACUGGAAGGAACAUACCACAAAGGAGAACUGUACACCGAUAGCCGUCAAUUCACCAUGGGUUACUCACGGUUUUGCCCUGAGCCCCAAAAGAGGGCCGGUAAGGAGAACACAGAUGCAUCGACCAACCAUGAGGAACAUAGCGCUCAGGGUUCAUCUGAGGAGCCUUCUGCCGCCGUCCCCAGGCCCUUUGUGAGAUGGCUUACCACUCUAGAUGAUUUCGAGCCGUUUUCUCAGCUUUGCGUUGACACUCAUCUCUUCUGGAAGUAUGCCGAUUCGCAAUGGAAAACAAAUCAGGCGCAUAUUGAAGACGGGACGGCGAGGUUCUGGCGCAAGUGGCUGGAUGAUCAGCUGGAGGCACAUUACUCUCAUCCGCCAACUGACGAGCCGCAAGUGCUUGAUAAUUUCGACACGGCAUGUUCAACGGAGUCCGAUCCCGAAGGAGAGCGGAUCAUUUGGGUAGGAACGAAUGAGGACAUUGGCUUGAAGCUCCGGGUGAUGGAUAAAGCCCAGGAUGAUCCCUUCGGGGAAUCGGCAAGUUAUGAGCUGCUGUUUGAAGGUAAGCAUUGCCAUCAUGUAUUCGCUACCGAUGGGGCGUGUAGUUGCGGGGUUUACAGGGCUAUCACCUGA